CAGGCGAUGGCUCCGGUCUAAAAAGGGCCCUUCAACUCACAUUCAUUGUUUUACCCACAAGCGAGCUAGCUGCACCAGCAGGCCAGUCUCCUGACCUCGGGAAUCAUCUACUUCUCCAACAAAUUCACAGUUUGCAGUCAGUACUAUUCCACUGGUUAGAGAUGGAGGUGAUGGAAGCUCAGCCGCCUGCGCAACAACCCCCGCAAGCAAAACCGCAAAAUGACGGGCAGCCACCCCAGAAGAAGUUUAAAAGCGCCAAGAGAAAGCAGCCGCAGUAUUCUGCUGACAUAGUCUUCACAAAAGGGACUUCUAUCCAGACCAUUGCCUCUCUCACCAAACACUUGAAGGGGGUGACUGAGCCUGUCAUAGGUCUUCAGUAUGUUUGGGAGUACCGCAGCCCCAGUAAAUCUGUCCCUCCGCAUUACCAGUGUAAACUCUGCACGGUGACCCGCUUACAGCACGAUAUGUUGGCUCAUGUCAAAGGCUGGAAACACAGCUUCAGAUAUUUGAAGCGGGUCCAUUCUGAUAAGGUCACCUGUGAGGAGGAAGAGGCCAUCAAAGAUCCGGCUUUAAGGAAGAAAAUUAAAGAGACUGCAGCCGAGGUGGAAAAGACAGAAGGGAGGGGUCAACUCAAGGUGAUCCUCAGGGAACCCUGUGAUGUUGCUGCCUUCAAGGGACUCCGUUCUGCUAUUCCUAAGCUGCCUCCACCAGGGCCAGUGAUGGGACCAAAGGGCCCAAAUUUUGGUGGCAGGUAUUCUGACCCCCAGUUUCCAGGAGAAUAUCCCCCUCAGGGAGGUCCUUUCACUGAUUACCCAUUGCGUGAACUUGGGGAUCCUGGUAUUGGAGGCUACUCUGGCAGGCCGAGUUUCCCUGGACCCGAUAUGGACAUGAGACUGUUUCCAGAUGGUCCAGGCCCUCGCCAAAGGGGAGGGGGAGAAGGAUUUGGACCAGGUGGUGGAAGAGACGGCUAUGGAAGGGGUGGACUAUUGGGUGAAAGUCCUGGCAGAUGUUAUCCUGAUGAUUUCAGGGGCAGCCAAAUGGGAGGUAGCUUAAUGGACAGACCAAUAGACAGACCGAUGGACAGGCCACUGGACAGACCAAUGGACAGGCCAAUGGACAGACCAAUGGACAGACCAGGCUUGAUGGGAGCAGCUCCAGAGAAUAGCAGUCUACCAUCUACGCUGCUCAGUUACCUGGAUACCUUCCGGAUAGAGAAUGAGAAUGACGCGCAGAUUGUCCUGAAGGUGACGCAGAAAUUAACAGACGUGCUCAUGGAGUACAGACUGAGGAGUGUAUCCGCGGGUUCUAGUCUGAGCAGCAGUUUGAACAAUUCGUCCAUGAGCACCAUGGGUUUCUCCUCUACGCCUUCCAGAUUGUCAGGCUCAGGAGACCGCUAUUCAGGUUCAUCAAGGUACUCCGAUGGUCCGUCAAGGUUCUACAACUGACAGUCACUUCAGCUCAUUUAACACCUCAGCGGUCACAUCUUCCCUUCCCGAGUGUCUCAUUCUCAAAUAGUUCCCAGUCGAUGAUGUCUGUCCAGAGUCAGGGUAGAAUACUUUAAGUCCCCAUUGUGUAAAUUGUGCUUUCAAGUGUUAAGUUUUUUUUUUUUUUUUUUUUUUUUUUGGUUUUGUUUUGGGUUUUUUUUUUCUUGGCUGUAGCUAAGAACUAGCUUUUUAUGUUUUUUGACUUUACGAUUCUAACUAUGAAAAAUAACAUCUUACAGCUUGUUUGAGGCAUUUUUUCCCACAAACUACUUUUGUGACUUAUGCAUGCCUUUGUCAAACUUUUAAGUGGUUUCAGUGAAUGUACAGUUGUCAAAAGUUCCACUAAUCUAUUUCUUCUAUUAAAAUAGAUGGAGAAUAUGA